CGGAAGUGCCUAGCAAGUCAGCAGCAGCAGCAGCAGCAGCCGUCAGAGCUUUUGCAACCGUCCGUCCGUAUUGAGGUUGAUUGAUUGACCUCUGAAACUAGCCCCCCAAACUAGUGGUGUGUGUAGGUGUCCUAUACGCAUUUGAGAGAGAGUGCUCGUGUGUGUGUGUGUAUGUGGGUGUGUGUGUGUUUGGGAUUACCAACACUGAUUAGCUGGGUCUCCACAUCGCCACCGGCGGCGUCCAUCAAUCCGAUCGUCACUCAAUCGUUGAUCUCACCAUGAACAGGAUGCGCUGCACCGUUGUCAUACUAACGGCCGUCACCGCCAGCAUCUACGCACAGAGCUUCAAGUGUCCGGUGAAGGACGGCCAGUACGAGGACUCGUUACAGUGCGACAAGUAUUACGAGUGCGUGGAUGGCCGGGCCACGGAGAAGCUCUGCCCGGACGGGCUUGUCUUCGAUCCGACCAUUCGGAAGAUCAACAAGUGCGACCAACCGUUCAACGCCGACUGUGGCGACCGUCUGGAGCUGCAACCACCGCGCGGGAAUAAUCUGUGCCCGCGGCGAAACGGGUUCUUCGCCCAUCCGGACCAGGCCGUCUGCAAUGUGUUCUACAACUGCAUCGAGGGCGACGCGACCGAGAUCACCUGCACCGCGGGGCUGCACUUUGACGAGUACACCGGUACCUGCGUGUGGCCGAACGAUGCCGGCCGUCAGGGGUGCAACCCGGGAGCUAACAAGAAGCUAAAGGAUGGCUUCACCUGCCCGAAGGACCAGAAGACGGACGAGGCCGGGCAGGCCGUGGCGCACCCGAAGUUCGCCCAUCCGACCGACUGCCAGCGGUUCUACGUCUGCCUGAACGGUGUCGAGCCGCGCGACCUUGGAUGCCAGGUCGGCGAGGUGUACAACGAAGAAACGGAACGGUGUGACGCCCCGGAGAACGUUCCCGGAUGCGAAGACUGGUACAAGGAGAGCGAGGAAAAGAAGAACUGAAGCGCCUGCCGCUGCCCCGCCGACGUGUUUGGUCGACGUGCGCCCCAGCCGCAGGCUUUGGCUUAGGGCCACACUAUAAAGACUCAUUUCGCUGUAUGCGUGAAAUUGCACGCAUAUAUUUUAAUAUCUGCUGUGUA